AAAUCUAGGAUCUAGGUUCUCUCUCAAACUUCAUCUUCUUCCUCCUUUCCUCGUUCCUUUCCCUGCUCAUCCUUCUUCUUUCUUCUUAUUCUUUCUCUCUUUCUCUCUCUCUUCCCUUCUAUUUCCUCUCUCAAACCCAGAUCUGGGUUUUUCUCAGUCAUGUCGUGUUUAUUUUCUAUACAAAAUGAUAAUCCAAAAAAACCUUCAAGCACAAAUCACUCAAACAAUAAAACUAAAGCAAACAAUUUGUCAGAAAAAAAGAAAUGCAAAUCCAUACAGAAGCUAAAGGAUCUAAACUGUAACCAUUAGAAGUGAGAACAAAAUUGGCGUGUAGCAAUUAACUACUAACCACUGUUGCACAAAAAGAAAUUGGAGAUCUGAAUAAUUGUUUGAGAAUCCUUAGUAGAAACUGAAUUGACAUGUCCAGCAUUUCAACACUAAAGAAACAGUGGAAGAAAGAAAAAGGCGAUAUGAAAAGGCAGAAAAACUCAUCCAUCUAUUUCGAAAAGAAAAAACAUACAAGAAGUUAAAAAUCCAUAAGAAAAACAUUAGAUACUACGAUCUCGCCAUCAUUUACAGAGCUAAAAUUGAAACAUGACUAAAAAAAUGAGGAACGUAGGAUUCGGUUACCAAUUGACUAAUCGAUCAGAGAUCGAAAACAAGACUAGUGUUCAAGACUGCUCUGGCUCCAGAUUUGGAGUGAUAGAGCUUGCCAAAAACAAGAAGAAUGGUGACAAAGCCGAUGAAGCAGAGACUCAUGAUAAGGACAACGGUGGGAGAGGUCUUCAAGCUGGAGGCAUCAUCAAUAUAAAAGCCCAACAUGUUACUGCCAGAGCUAGAGUUGACAGAGCCAGAUCCAGACGCGGCCACGCCUACAGUGAGCUUGCAACAACGCAUACCAACCAUUGUGGCUGUAGAGCCGCGCAAGGGCCAUGACGCCAGGCCUUAAGGUGGAUGAGGAAGAGGCUUGGGAUUGUGAAGAACCUCUUGCCAUUGUUUGUUGCAAAUAGAGAACUCAAAAAAGGAAGGGAGAAGAGAGAAAGAGAGAAAGAAUAAGAAGAAGAAAGAAGAAGGAUGAGCAGGGAGGAAGAAAAGAGGAAGAAGAUGAAAUUUGAGAGAGAAACCCAAAUCCUAGAUUUGGUUUCGUAAAGGUAAGUUUAAAUUAAAUAAAAAUGCCAAAUUAUA